AUGCUAGCGAUCGGCCAUCUCGGUGAAACGAUUCGCUACAACUUCGUAAGCAAAUAUGGUACAUCAUUUAUAUCUGCUUUAAACUGUCUCAUUAGAAACGCUCACGUCAGUGUCUAUGACUACGGCGAGAAUAUUUUUGCAGUGAGCAUACUUUUGAUUUCACUCGACCGAUUGCUGGUGGUCUUUCAAUGGAAAUAUUACAUUAUAUUGCAUACGAAAACCUACUUGAAACUGCAGCUGAUCCUCGCUGCCGGAAUCUCCGUAGAAUUGAUUCAUGUGUGGAUCCAGGCUGCUAUGAUCAAAACCCUUAUUCAGAAUAACUGCGAUUACGGUGCAAUCGUCGGCAAACAGCGCAGGAAGGCUCAUCUCUACUGGGUGAUCAUCGCCGUCUAUCUGUCAGUAUCGGUCAGUCUGUUUGUCUUGGCGGCGGCUUACGUCAAACGAAAAACCGAAGAGUGUGAAUUGUGGAAUGCAGAAUUUGGCACCACCAGGGCGGUGUGCUGCAGCAUGAUAUCCUGUUACCUCAUUCAGUUCCUCCCGCAGUCGAUAUAUUUCCUGACCAGAGGCACUUUGCUGCAGUACGCCAUUUUUGACAACUACCUGAGCGUUCUCAACGUCGUCAAUCUGAGCGUUUCUUCAGCCGUUUAUUUGGUCAUGUCAAGAGCACUGUACGCGCCGUUCAUUUCUGUAUUCAGACGCAUUAAUUUUCGAAGCACACGCGUUUUGCCCGCCUAA